AUGCUUCGGCCCGGUUGUUUGGACAUUCCUAAGGAUAGUUCAUACUCAGGCUUCAAUGGCUACGAAACUAAAGAAGAUAUAGAAAAUGUUUUUCUGAACGGUUUUGAUGUCGACGAGGCGGUAUUAAAAGAAUAUGACCCCAAUGAAGAUUUGAUCCUAACUGAUCAACUAAUCGAUGAAUUAACGAAGCACAAUCCAGAGACCACGUCGACCAAGAUUAUAUCAUCUUCAUCAUCGGGUAUGUCAUCGGUUAUACAUAAAGAUUACACCAUUGAAGCUUUGGCUAAUGCAAGCUCUCAAGAUUACUAUAUAAAUCAAAUGAUUGAUGCAAAAGCAAAGGAAGAGUCCAAUAAUGUUGCAAUAUUCCCUAACGUUCUUGUUCAACUUGACUGUGGACAAUCGCAGUUGAUUCUAACCGAUGAGAUGUUACCAUGGGAGAAUCAAAUACCUGUUGAAAGAUAUACUCCGGAAGCUCGAGAAGAGGCGAAGAAGAGAUAUUUCGAAAAGAAGAAGAAACGCAAGUUUGGGAAGCAAAUUAGAUAUGAAUCUCGAAAAUCUACAGCUGAUACGAAGAGACGAAUGAAAGGAAGAUUUACAAAAGCUGGUGCAGAGUAUGAUUAUGACCCAGGCACGAGCUAAUUAUAUUUAGAAAGGGACUAAUAAAAUCAUGAGCUAAUGACAAACCAAGCUCAAUUUUGAGACACCAAUAAAGAAAAUAAAGAGAUUUGCAAUCAUAUGACCAUCAUCACAUCUUUUUGUUGUUGUUCAUAAUGUUUAUCCACCAAGGGUCUGUUGUUGUUCAGUGGUUCCGUCUGGUUGGUCGACUGCAAACGCUUGAAGACUGCAAAAGUCAC